GUCACUGUAUAAUGUCUGUCGAAAUAGAAGCAGAAGACGUCAUUCGCCUUGUGCUUCAAUUCCUUAAAGAAAACGAUCUCCAAGAAUCAGCUUUAGCCCUCGAAUUAGAAACAACUGUAAAGAUCAACACUCUCGAGAACAAGGAAGCAUUCAUCAAGACCAUUAAAGAAGGUGAAUGGGAUGUAGUCUUACGCCACGUUGUCGAUUUAAAAAUACCUCCCCGCAAGCUCAUGGAUCUUUAUGAACAGGUCGUGCUAGAAUUAACAGAGUUACGUGAAUUAGGAGCUGCCCGUACUUUGCUUCGCCAAACAGAGCCCAUGUUCAUUCUGAAGCAGAGACACCCCGAACGUUACUUGCGAUUGGAACACACACUCUCCCGAUCCAUGUUUGAUCCCAAGGAUAACUACCCCAACGGCAUGACUAAAGAGAAGAGACGCAAUGUCAUUGCACAAGCUCUUGCUAGUGAGGUGGCUGUAGUGGAACCAGCUCGAUUAAUUACGUUACUGGAAGAUUGUAUCAAAUGGCAGCAGCAUCAAGGUUUGCUGCCUUUGGACACAAAAUUCGAUUUAUUCCGUAGCUCAGAUGGGAUCCAAAGCACAGAAGAGGAUGCAUUUGCGGAUAAGGAGUACAGUCUUAUCAAGUUCCCUGGUAAAAACACCUAUGCCGAAUGCACCACUUUUUCGCCCAACGGACAAAACCUCAUUACAGGUUCAGUGGAUGGGUUUAUCGAAGUCUGGAAUUAUCUUACGGGUAAAUUACGUAAGGAUCUCAAGUACCAGGCUGAAGAGAAUUUAAUGUCAAUGGAUCAAUCUGUUAUUUCUUUGGACGUAAGCCAAGAUAGUGAAUUAUUAGCUACAGGUUCAACAGAUGGGAAAAUCGCCGUAUGGAAAUUACAAUCUGGUAUCUGUACCAGACGUUUCUCCCCUGCUCAUAGUCAAGGUGUCACAUCCGUUUGUUUCAACAAGGAGGCAAAUCAUAUACUUAGUGGCAGCUACGAUCACUCUGUUAAGAUCCAUCAUGUCAAAUCAGGGAAACUCGUCAAGUCAUUUGAAGGACACACAUCCUUUGUAAACUCUGUCCUGUAUAACUGGGAUAAUACACUAGUUCUCAGUGCAAGUAGCAAUGGUGAAAUUAAGAUAUGGGAUGUUACAUCGGGAUCUUGUCUUUCUACUACAACUCCUCAGCGAGAAACCAGUGUUCAACUCUUAUUAAGCAUACCCAGUGACAUGAAUCACUUUAUAGCUGUGACCAAAAGCAGCACACUAUUCAUCAUGACCGAAAAGGGCAAAGUGAUAAAAACGAUUAGCCAUCCAGACGCCAAAGAUUUUAUCUCAGCAACAGUAUCUCACGGAGGUAAAUUGGUUUAUGCCGUUUCUGAAGAAUCCAUCAUGUACUCCUUUCAAAUAGCCACAGGAGACUUGGUCGGCCAAAAGCACCUAUGUAAAGCCGAAGUCAUUGGUAUUUCUUGUCAUCCAUUUACAAACGUCAUUGCUUCCAAUGAUGAGACUGGUCUUAUCCAUCUUUUAAAACACGAAUAAAGCACUUUAAGCCACGAACUCCUUUGUAAUCGUAUGUAGUACCUAGACAUACACAUCUUUCGCCUUUCUCCAUCAUUUUAUCUUGCUCAGCCUAAUUGCCCAAAGCUUAUAGGUAUCAUUUGACAGAGUGACGGAAGGCCAUGAAUAAUGUCAUUGGAAAUAUUUGUUUUAACCCUCUAAAAUUAAUUUUUUUUUUUUGCUACGUGUCAAACUUUAAAUAAAAAUUCUUCUUUAUACGAACCACUUCUAUUUGAUCGUAAGUAAACACUAUAAAUAUACUUCACUGAUCUACAAUAGGCCUAGACUCAGCUACAAGGAAAUCG